CAUUCGGCCCGGGCGGGGCGGCGCGGGGCGUGGCAUCAGGGCGCUGCAUGCUCUGUCGCUGCGCCUGGUUAGAUAAUCCCGAUUUAUUCCCGCCACGUCUACGCAUUGUUUACAUGUGCCGUAAUAGAAUUCACGCGAGCCGUAUCAGCCGGCGGAGCGCCUCUUUGUUGCUGUUAGUCGAACCACGCAAAAUAAAACGCUACAAAAAAAAUGGGAACGGAAAAAAAUUGGCUGCCCCCGACCGCACGCGGGAAAGGAAAUCACUGUCAGCCCUCCUCCUCCGUAUCCGUUUUACGUCCCAUUCGCUCCCUUCCCCCGAAUAAUCAGUGUCGUCCAGGCGGCGCGCCCCGCGCCCUGACCUUGACCUCGCGAUAAGCCAAGUCUUUAUAUAUGGGUGGGAGGUCGGCCGCCGCGGCCAGUGUUCGUAUCGAGUCGCUGCAAACAAACGGGAUCGCUGUCAGAGCAGUCGCUCCACUUCGGCCUCUCCAUUCAUCAUGCCCCAGUCCCGUUCCCGCGCGCUGCGCCCGCUGCGUCCGCUCCGGGCGCUGCCCCUGCUCCUCGUGCUGCUGCUGGGCGCCGCCUGCCAGGACCUCAACGACGAGUACCGCCGCGUGGUGCUGGUGGAGAAGCACGCCUUCCUGAGGGGCAGGUCCGUGGACAUUUCGCUCAUCGAGGCGCCCGGCAUCCAGAAGCUGCUGGCCAUCGUCUGCAGGGACUCGACCAUGGCCUUGUGCAAGGGCUUCUCGCUCGACGGCAAGGGCGUGCACCCGAUGAUGCGGGAGCCCCUCUCCUACAACCCGGACGACGUGUUCGAGGCCUUCUUCGGCGGGCCGUUCAAAUCCAGGCUGUUCGGGCCGGACUCGUCGGGCAAGGUGCUCAAGAACUACUUCACGCUGUCCCACCUGGAGGACGGCUCCUUCGAGUUCGACUACGAGUACAAGCAGGAGGACGGCAAGCAGAAGUCCACCAUCAAGACCAGGCCCCGGGACAAGGACGUGGAGUUCACCUACCUGUUCAUCGGCGCCGAAGUGCGCAUCGGAGUGUCCGACCCCGUGGGCUCCGUCACCAGUUUCUAAACCUCGACUCCGCCGUUCCGCCGGUCUUGUUCCUGCUUGCGUCUGUGAUAUUACAGCAGUGUAAAAUUAAGGUCAUAUUAAAUUAUUUUCAGUAGAA